UAAAGAUUAUUCCUUGAUUCUAAAACCCUUUCUUUCUUCCCCUUUUCCCAAUUCCCUCUUCUCAAAAGAUCUACAAAUUUUCAUCACUCACUGUAAAAAAACCUCAGCCGCCUCUUUCAUUUCGCCAUUGAUAGAUCUUCAAGCUCCAUUAAUGGCGUCUUCAAUGGCACAACUCCGUUACUCUCCUUUAUCAUCAUCAUCAUCAUCAUCUCGUCAAUUUUCUCUCUCCUCCAUUAAUCGGAUUAAUUCAAUCUCAUUCCCUCUGAAUCAAUCUUUGAAUCUCCAAUCAAAAUCCGCCACGUCAGAUCAUCUCCUUCACCUUUGCUUCUCCUCCAACAAUGGCGGAAAUGGCGGCGCAGGAUCCAUCGGCGGAAGUGGCGGUGGUGGUGGUGGUGGUUGGAGUGGUGGAGAUUCAUCGGAAAAUAGCGACGAAAAUUCAUCCAUUUGGGAGAAAUUAGGGUUAAUUGGGGUAUUUAUCAAAGGAUGGAAAUCUAGGGUUUCCGCUGAUCCUCAAUUUCCAUUCAAAGUUUUAAUGGAAGAACUUGUUGGUGUGAGUUCUUGCGUAAUUGGUGAUAUGGCAUCUAGACCUAAUUUUGGUUUGAAUGAACUUGAUUUUGUUUUCUCCACAUUAGUCGUGGGUUCGAUUCUUAACUUUGUGUUAAUGUAUCUUUUAGCUCCUACUGCAGCUUCUUCAGCUUCUUCACUUCCUUCAAUUUUCGCCGGGUGCCCGAAUAGUCACAUGUUUGAGCCCGGAUCAUUUGGGCUUAUGGCCCGUUGUGGUACAUUUGUGUAUAAGGGGGCCCUUUUUGCUGCUGUGGGCUUUGCUGCUGGGCUUGUUGGUACAGCUAUAUCAAAUGGGCUGAUCAUGGUGAGGAAGAAGAUGGACCCGGGUUUCGAAACCCCGAAUAAGCCGCCUCCUCCAGUUUUGAAUGCAGUAACUUGGGCACUUCAUAUGGGAUUGAGUAGUAAUUUUAGGUACCAGACAUUGAAUGGUGCUGAGUAUUUCUUAGAGAGGGCGAUUUCGCCUGUUAUGUUUAAGUCAUCUGUGGUUGUAUUGAGGUGCUUGAACAAUGUACUUGGUGGGAUGUCGUUUGUUGUUUUGGCUCGAUUAACCGGGUCUCAGAGCGUUAAACCACCGGAGGUGUCUGAGGUCGUUGGUGUAUUGGAUGAUGGGUCGUUGCAGGCCGAGGAGAAGGAGAAGGAGAAGGAGAAGUUGGUGGCGAAUUAGUCGACUUAUAUGGUGGUAAUUUGAUUGCUAAUCACACACACUAUAUUAGCAAUUUAACACAGUUGGGUGUGGAAAUGAGGGAGUCAAUGACAUUAUUGUUAGUGACUUUGUGUAUGUGUUUGUGUUUGUCUAUGACAUUUUUAUUUUUUUUGCUUUGUUUUGUGUUGGGAGUACUUGUUAGUAGAAUGAACUUGGGGUUUUGGUUAGCUUUAUGGUAGAUCUUCUGUUAGAAGAAACAAUAAACAAUAAUGUAGUAGUCUAUAGUCUCUAGUAUAAAUUAACUGAGCUUGGUUUUAUGUCGUGGAGGAUUUUACUAUCUGAGCAAUAAUGUAUUAUUGAUAACAAUUUUAGUUCA